AUGACUGAACUUAUGGAAGAUGAUAAUGUUAUGAUGUCCCAGGCUGAGGUCAGCGACGUAACUUCAAGCUUUACGGAAAACAAUAAUAUCGCUUCGUCUGAAAAUAAACAAUCCCAGUCUGUUAAUAAACAGAAAGAAGUUGAAGAUGAACUCCAAGAAAAAGGCAUUCAAAACGAACAAUGUGAUGGCGGUAUUGAGAAGGAGCAAGAGGCAAGUGGAAGCAUAAAUGUCUGCGAAGAAGCGGGAAAACAAAACUUUUGGGAUGAAAUAAAAAAGCAAGUUGAAUGUGGUGAAAACAAAGAAAAUCGUUGGAAGAAGACAAUUCUUUGGCGUGCUUUUCAGUUUAGUCCAGUAGAUCAAAAAAUUGUUGAAUAUUUAGUUGACCAUGGAGCAGACAUUUAUUCCCAGAACGAAGAUGGUGAGACAUUUCUGAUGAUGGCGACGAGGAAUGGUUUACUCGAUCUUGUUAAGUAUUUUGUUCGAGUUAGCCAUAAACAUAAUUUCCUAGACGAUAACAAAGAUCUUCCAAGUACAUUAGAGUCAAAAAUGGCGAAAAAUCGAGCUAAGUUUUGUGGUGAUCUUGUAAAUUGUAAGGAUAAGUCAGGAAAAACCGUUUUACAUCAUGCUGUUAUUGUUGCCGAAAUAGACAUUGUCAAAUAUUUAGUUGAACAAUGUGGCGCUGAUGUAAACGCAAAAGAUGACGAGGAAUGGACAAUCCUGCACAAUGCUGUUACUAAAGAUUCGCUAGAAAUAGUGAAAUAUGUUGUGGAAAAGGGCGCUGAUGUAAAUGGAGGGGAUACUGAAGGGACGACAGUGUUGCACGCCGCGAUUAGUAAAGGUACGCUGGAAAUGUUGAAAUAUCUUGUUGAAAUUGGCGCUGAUGUAAAUGGAAAGAAGAAUAACGGGUGGACUGCGCUGCACUUUGCGGUUACUGAAGGUACGCUUGAAAUGGUAAAAAGUCUUGUUGAAAAAGGCGCUGAUGUAAAUUGCAAGUGCAUGGAUGGAUGGACGGUCUUGCACUAUGCAGUUUGUGAAGGUACACUAGAAAUGGUGAAAUAUCUUGUUGAAAAGGGUGCUGAUGUGAGUAUCAUGAAUACUGACGGAUCUACUCCGCUGCACUAUGCUUUCACCAAAGGUACGCUAGAAAUGGUAAAAUAUCUUGUUCAAAAUGGCGCUAAUGUAAAAGGAAAGAAUACUCACGGGUGGACUGUACUGCGCAGUGCUGUUAGUGAAGGUACACUAAAAAUGGUAAAAUAUCUUGUUGAAAAGGGCGCUGAUGUAAAUGAGAAGGGUAUUCACGAGUGGACAGUGCUGCACGUUGCUGUUACCGAAGGUAAACUAGAAAUGGUGAAAUGUCUUGUUGAAAUCGGCGCUGAUGUAAAUGCAAAGGAUACUGACGGAUGCACAGUUUUGGACGCUGCUGUUUAUAAAGAUGCGCUAGAAAUUAUAAAGUGUCUUGCUGAAAACGGCGCUGAUGAUAAUUUCGGAAGGACAGUUCUGCACGUUGUUGUUUAUGAAGACGCGCUAGAAAUUGUGAAGUAUCUUGUUGAAAACGGCGCUGAUGUAAAUGGAAAGGAUUUUAUCGGGAAGACAGUUCUGCACUAUGCUGCUACCAAAGAUGCGCUGGAAAUUGUAAAAUAUCUUGUUGAAAACGGUGCAGACGUAAAUAGAAAGGAUAUUCACUUGAGGACAGGGCUGCACAAUGCUGUUACAAGAAGUGCUGAUGAAUCGACAGUCUUGCAUACUGCUGUUGAUAUGGGUGCAUUUAAAAAGGUCAAGUAUUUAGUUGAACAAGGUGCUGACGUAAAUGGAAAGGAUUUUAUCGGGAAGACAGUUCUGCACUAUGCUGCUACCAAAGAUGCGCUAGAAAUUGUAAAGUAUCUUGUUGCAAUCGGCGCUGAUGUUAAUGGGAAGGAUAUUCACUUGAGGACAGUGCUGCACAAUGCUGUUACAAGAAGUGCUGAUGAAUCGACAGUCUUGCAUGCUGCUGUUGAUACGGGUGCAUUACAAAAUGCCAAGUAUUUAGUUGAACAAGGUGCUGACGUAAAUGGAAAGGAUUUUAUCGGGAAGACAGUUCUGCACUAUGCUGCUACCAAAGAUGCGCUAGAAAUUGUAAAGUAUCUUGUUGCAAUCGGCGCUGAUGUUAAUGGGAAGGAUAUUCACUUGAGGACAGUGCUGCACAAUGCUGUUACAAGAAGUGCUGAUGGAUCGACAGUCUUGCAUACUGCUGUUGAUAUGGGUGCAUUAAAAAAGGUCAAGUAUUUAGUUAAACAAGGUGCUAACGUAAAUGGAAAGGAUUUUAUCGGGAAGACAGUUCUGCACUAUGCUUCUACCAUGGCCAAAGAUGCGCUAGAAAUUGUAAAGUAUCUUGUUGCAAUCGGCGCUGAUGUUAAUGGGAAGGAUAUUCACUUGAGGACAGUGCUGCACAUGCUGUUACAAGAAGUACGCUAA